AUGCUCGAUGAACUUAUUGAGAAGAAAUGCAUAUAUUUAUCCGAUUGGAAGAAUCUCUGUAAUGAUAUUCGUAAAGCUGAAUUGUUGCUAUUCCAAGCUUAUGGUAAAAAAGAAGCAAAGCUCAAAGUUCUCGUCUUAGAUUGUCCAGCACACCCUUUUUGUCGCGUGAGAGAAGUAUUUGACUUGGAUAUUCUGUAUAAGAAAGUGGCGAUAGAAGAGUUUAAGUCAUUUAUUCAAGCUUUAUGGGCAAUCAGAUGUGAAAAACUGUUAAAAGAUUAUAAUAAGAUUUCUGGUUCAGGCCCAUAUGAAGUUGAUUGUGGAGUACGAGGCUAUCAAUCACAUCCUUCUCUAUAA